CCCCUCCCCAGCGGGCUGAGCUCCCGGACCCUCCUCCCCGCUAAUCCCCGGGGGGCCAGCGCCCCGGCCGGCUGGGCUCUUGUCCCGCCGCCGCCCCGCCGGGCUCUUCUCUCGCUCCCCAUGGAAGCCGACGGCUACCGCUGCCGGAGCAGCCGCGCCCUCGAGGGCGGCGAGUCGGCGCUGCCCAGCUCGCUGCUCUUCGGCGCCGGGCUGCUGGGGAACCUGCUCGCCCUCUUCCUGCUGGGCCAGCGGCGGCUGCGGCGCGGGCGGCCCCCGCCGGCCUCCGCCUUCUACCUGCUGGUGAGCGGGCUGGCGGUCACCGACCUGCUGGGCAAAUGCCUGCUCAGCCCCAUGGUGCUGGUGGCCUACGCCCGCAACCGGAGCCUGAGCGAGCUGUGGCCGGCGGGGGCCGCCGCCGGGGGGCCGCCGGGCCGCCUCUGCCAGCUCUUCGCCUUCCUCAUGGCCUUCUUCGGGCUGGCGCCCACGCUGCUGCUGCUGACCAUGGCCCUGGAGUGCUGGCUCUCGCUGGCCCACCCCUACUUCUACCGGCGCCACCUGCCGCGCCGCCGGGCCGCCGCCCUGCUGGCCCCGGCCGCCGCCGCCGCCGCCGCCCUGUGCGCCCUCUUCUGCGCCCUGCCGCUGCUGGGCUUCGGCGCCACCGUGCAGUACUGCCCGGGCACCUGGUGCUUCAUCCGCAUGGCCGGCGGCGCCGCCCCGGCGCGGGGCUACUCCGUGCUCUACGCCAGCCUGCUGGGCGCGCUGGGGCUGGCCAUCGGGCUCUGCAACCUGGCCAGCAUGCGCAGCCUCUACCGCAUGGCCCGCCGGCCCCACCGCCGCAGCGGCCCGCCCGCCGGCCGGGCCCCCGCCGCGCCGCGCAUGGAGGAGCUGGAUCACCUCGUCCUGCUGGCCCUCAUGACCGUCCUCUUCAGCGUCUGCUCCCUGCCCCUCAUCGUCCGGGCUUAUGUCGGAGCCUUUGCCGCUGACUUUAAUGAAAAGGCAGACCUUACGGCCCUGAGGUUUCUAUCUGUGAAUUCCAUUGUGGACCCCUGGGUGUUCAUCAUUUUCAGGACAUCAGUUUUUCGCAAGUUCCUUCAUAGGGUUUGCAGAAGACUGAACUCUAAAAAAGCCACAACGCCUCGGCUUCUAUGACCUCGACACCGAAGCUGCCGCGGUGAAGAGCAUUCUGCUAUCUUUGGUAACUCGACUCGAAGGAAUAUUGUUCCAGGAAUUGUUUACCAAAUCAAACCGAUCUCACUAAUGAUGCCAAAUGUUGUGGAUCGGUGGAUCUGCUAUAAACACGGUAAGAAAAUACAGAAAUGUAUUCCGGGGAAGGUCAAGGGCCUUAGCCGUUCUGCUGUGGACAUGUACAGAGAAGAGGCAUUCCUCCGUUAUUGCAUUUUUGCCUUUCCUGUUACAGACUGGAACUGAAAGUUUGUGGCCAUGUGAGUAACAGUGAAUCUCAUGAAGUGACAGCGCUCUGCUUCCCAGAGAACUUGGUAAAAAUCAAGUUUGUGGUAUCAAGUGCUGCUCUCUGAGUAUGGCCCCGAUCCAGCAAGCCACACUGCGUGGGUGGGCCCUGUUGCCUUUGGGGGUUUCCCAUUGAUUUCAGCAGGCUGCCGGCGGACAGACGCAUCUACUCACAGGGAUCUGCUGAGAGGAUCAAAGCCUAAAUCAGGAGUCACCAAAGUCUGAUAAGGGAAAAUAAAACUCUUCCUUUUGCAAAUAAAUCAAAGCAGUGCACAGUGUCAUGUAGCUGCCUCCCCACCCCAAUAAAUCUAUCUUGUCAUCCAGUAGCCAGAUGGUAUCAAAUGCACAGUACUUACAGCAUCAGACCCAGCAGCAAUGAUUCAGUGGGCUUGUCUUCAUUGUAGAGUCAGCUCCAGGUAUAACUCGAGGGCAGCCCUGAACUCAACUCCACGCGCACACAGAAACCUCUAGCCUGAGUGCUCAAACACGAGCUAGCUGGCUAGGCAGGGCUGGGUGGCCUGACCCUCCACUGCUGCUCCCAUUCAAGCUAGGAAUGCAGUGGGGAUUAAGCUAUUUUGUGCUGCUAAUACAAAGGCUCGGUGGUGCUGGAGUGAUGCCACACUCCUCGUUGUUCUGCAGCGUGACGGCUCUCGCUGGGGCUGGUAGGUAACGCUCUGCAGUGAAGACAAGCCCUGCCCUAGAUUUGCACAGAGAACUCUUUCUGGUGUUAGAGACAAGGGGGGUUCUGUGUGCAGAACUACUGCAGGACACGGCCCGAAGGGAACCUGCAGAGAUCUACCCACGGGUGUAACUUUACUCUUCUGAGUAGUCCGUGAAUAAAGUUAUGCAGGGGGGUAAAUCUUUGUCAGGUUGGGUCUUAAGACAGUAAACAGGCUUGCAGUGGAGUAAUGCAUUUACAUUUAUAUGCUACAACCAUUCAAGUGCUUUAACUAUUCAUUGGGGACAAACAAGGGCUAAAAAAUGUAUCUUAGAAAGCAACAUCCUGUUGCAUUGUAUGGUUUGUUCAAUAAAUUAUUCUUUAGCCAGCA